AUGAUAAUAUAUUAUAUAAUUAAGCGGGUUUGUAACGAAUUUAAGUUGAUAACUCCACUAAAAGCCUUAUAUUGUGCGAUCGUCAGAUCAAUUCUUGAAUUUUCUGUAAUUAUAUGGAACCCUCACAACACAAGCAAUAUGAAUCAACUUGAGAGAGUCCAACGCAAGUUUUUGAGCUUUGCAGCAUAUCUAUUAAAUAUCGAACAUAGACCUCAUGAUUAUGAUCCAGUAAUAGGUAGGCUAGGCUUACAGUCUUUGGCCGAUAGACGUAUCAACAUUAACAAAGUCUUCCUAGUCAAGCUCAUCAAUGGGUCGAUCGACUGUCCUGAACUUCUAUCUAAAGUAAAUUUUAAAAUUCCCUGUGUCCAGGUCCGUUCUUCCUAUCCUUUCAGUAUACCAAUGUGUACGACAAAUUAUUCACGAAACAAACCACUAAAUAGGAUGAUGCGUAUUGCCAAUGAGGAUCCGUCUUUUAGUUUUUAA